CGGCUAUCCUGGAAGCUGGUCUGAAAUCUCCUCCUCAACUGCAACUAAUUUUUCUUUCCUUUAUAUACUAACCACCACACUCCCUCCUUUCCACUCAAAAUCAGCUUCCUCAUUUCUCUUCAACCACCAAUUUUCACUUUAAUUUCUAACUCGGAAACGUUAUAGCCUUUCCCAAAUGGCAUCUUCUGAAGAAACAUCAGCCUUGGAACUCAUCAGGCAGCACCUACUUACUGACUUUGCUUCCAUUGAAACCUUUGUUUCCAAUCUUGAUCACUGUACUUCCAGGGUCUCCACCCCUGAAAUCCCACAAUUCCCUGAAGUAUCCAAGCCAUCUCAGCUCAACCCAACUCAAGUCUGUAGCCCAAACCAGCUAAAACAAUCUACUCUUAGCCAACGUCGUCCUUCUAUAAACGUCACAAUCCCACCAGCAAAAGUUGACAUAAGCUCCAAGCCGCCGGCUGCGGUUGAAUCGUUGGACCCUAACGAGAAAAGGCACUACAGGGGUGUCAGGAGACGACCAUGGGGCAAAUUCGCAGCUGAAAUCAGAGACCCUAACAGAAAAGGCGCAAGGGUUUGGCUUGGAACCUUUGAAACCGCCAUAGAAGCUGCUAAAGCUUAUGACAGAGCUGCCUUUAAGCUACGAGGAAGUAAAGCCAUACUGAAUUUCCCUCUUGAAGCUGGGAAAUCAAAUUCCUCAGAGUCUGAAUUAAACGAGGAUUCAUUUUCUAGGAAAAGGAGAAGAGAGGAAGAGGAACAAGAAGAACAGAGCCAGGAGAGUAAGGUAGUGAAAAGGGAGGAGGAGGAGGAGGAGGAGGAGGAGGAGAAGCUAACGGAGGAAAAGGUGACGGCGACGGUGAUGGAAAACGUAACGCCGGCGGUAUGUUUAACGCCGUCAAGUUGGACGGGGUUUUGGGAUAGCGAAGACAUGAAGGGAAUAUUCAGUAUCCCUCCGUUAUCUCCGUUAUCGCCACAUCCUUCGUUUGGGUAUGCAAGGCUUGCAGUAAUGUAAGACGUAAGUGAUAAUGCCUUUGACGGGCUCCAGCCGCCGUUUACUAAAUUAGGAAAAGUUGCUGACGUGGCUGGAUGAAUUAUCCAAAAUGCGUCUUCUAUUUUUAGUGUAUUCAGGGUACCGCAUCCAAAGGGAAUGCCUGCCCAGUCCUAAGCCUUUUUGUUGAAUUAUAUAAUUGUAUUUGUUCUUUAAUUUUUUUUAUUUAAUGAAAUUGUCUUUUGAAAUCAUUAAAAGUUCCUUUUUCUAUGCUUAUAGAAAUUAGAGUUUAGGAGUUUAUGUCAAAUUUCAAUGAUAAGUUCUACAACUCAUCAGGAAUUAUUAAUUUAUUUUUCACUAAUAUAUGAUUAUUAAUGCAAUUAAAUGUAAGCUUACUUAAUUUUAAUCCUAUC